AUGGCACGUCCUCCCAUUUACAAGACAGAUCAGGCCAAACUAGAGGCAUCUCGUGAAAGACGCAGACAUCACUAUGCAAAAGCUUCACAUCAUCAAGCCGUCACAGGAGAUAUUGGAAAUUCAAAAGCUCUUGCCAAGGCCUUGGGCUAUGAAGAUGAUGCUACUGCAUCCGAGACGGAGGCAGACGAUGAUGAGAAUGACCAACUAUUCAAUCUCCCAGAGUGCCUCCUUGCUAUCAAAAACAUCAAGGACAAGAUGCUGGCAUUAGUCCCAGAACCCUGCACAUUUACGGAGGGUGUCCUCCUUCAGUAUGUCAAAAGCCUUCCGGAUGAUGGGAAUGGCAAGGGUGACACCUCGAUCAUCAACACUCCAAAACUUAAGGUUGAAGCCUUACUCCGCCGUGCAAUUCCUGCGCAGGACCAGAUCACAAAUUUCUGUGGAGUGUCAGCUGCUGAGUCUCGUGCCGCUGAAUCAGUCUCAUUUUGCUGUUUGUUCACGCGAGAUAUCCGUGCUGCCCUUAACGCACUUGAGGAUCUUCAUACAGAUGCCUGUGCUGUCGAGGAUGAUGUACUCCAACAGGAGGGAGUGGGAGGCACAUUGGAAGAGGCUCGUCAGGCUAGCAAAAUUAGAUUGAAGAGGAGGAGGAAUUUGGUGUACACGUUCUACGAGCAGUAUCAACAGUGUCAAGCAAGGAGGGACUACAGUACCUUCUGGAAGCCCUUUUAUGAGGCUUGGGGUGCCAAAUUUCCUGAGCGGCUUGUUGUCUUUCCCAAUAUUCCUUUAGAUGAAGAUCUAAAUGAGGAACAAAAGCAAAUUGUUAGUAAAGUGUACGAAGAGCGGAAGCUGCAACUCAUGCACAAGCUUUGUAAUGACUGGGGUUCAUCAAAGGCAUCACGCAAAGCAAAGAAUAACGGAGAAAAAACUUGCACAAGCUUGAUCGCCAGUAUCACAGCCCCACAGAGAGCCCAUGCUUUGCAAUCCCACGAAGCCUAUUCUAAGCUGUAUUUUGCGACCCGCGUGAAGCCCGCUUUAGGUAACGGAAUGGACGAGAGGGGGGGAAAGGAUAUCGAUGACACCACUGCUGACGAUCCAACGAGUACCUCCAUGGAGAAAGGUCAGCUUCCCAAGAGGAUUGCUGUCAUAAAGCGAGUAACACGGGAAUUAUACAAUCGCGAGACCCCAGAAGUCAAAGCUGAAGUGGCGGCAUAUAUCGAGCAGCUCAACAAGAAGAAAAGUCAGGACUCGGAGGCUGCGAAGAUGGGGGAAGAUAUAGAUCAUCAAGUGACCAUUGAUUGGCUUGUCGACAUCCUGGCAGAGUUCUUUCAAGAGCUUGAGCGACUCACAGGGUGGUCCUUCUCUGUCCUCAUGGGUGGGCCCACACCUGCAUUAGGAGGAAAGAUCAAUGUCAGCAGCUUCCAUGUUGGACGUACCGAGAUGGGGAACCUCUUUUCAGAAGCAUAUCCUCACUUCAAUAGCAUGAUAAUGAAACCUUGGGUAGAGUUUGUUAAUCGCGCACAUUCAACUGCUGCGGCAAAAGGACUUCGGAAAGAUGGUGGCGUAGAGUCGAUGAAUGACACCAAGACUGUCGGCAUUGAAUCAAUUGAUCUCAGUCACAUGGUUAUGAAUCACCAUGUGACAAAUACAUUGGAGCAGAAUCCCGCAAUGUCCAACUCAUCCAACUUGGACACCGCCGCCCUUCUUCCACCCCUUGAUGAGUCAGACGAACUCAAUAUUCUCGCUGAUGCCUUCUUAGCAUCGCCCGAAUAUUCCCAACAUCAAGCUUCAGCUUCAUCUUCCAAUACAUAUUCCUCCAUCAAUCCAUAUUAUGAUUUUUCUUGGAUGCCGCUAGCAUUGCAGCCUCAGACUAUGGCACUCCUGCAAAGCUUGCCAGGAGUCCCUCCUUCACAGAUCCCUGCGCAAAGCCCACCUGCCGCUCUUGCACAGAGUUCACCUCCACCGUCAACCAUAAAUUCCAUAGGUCCCUCCAUAGUCAGCAUCCCUGUGCAGAGUUCACCUGUUGUUCCUCCGCAGGUCUCCAUGGAUGCUCAUGAGACGAGUCAGAUGAUGGCACUCCCACAAAGCUUGCCAGGGAUCCCUCCUUCGCAAAUCCCUGCCCAGAGUUCACCUGCUGCUCCUGCCCAGAGUUCGCCUCCCCUGUCAACCAUGAACUCUACAAGUCCCUCCGCAGUCAGCAUCUUGAUGCCGCUGCCUGUUGAUCAAUCUGUGGACUCGCCUGAUGCAAGUCUUAGUGUCCCUCCUCCCCACACUUCCAAACGACGCAGACACCACGAUAGCAACAAGAGCGAAAUCUCUGAUGCUCUGGUCACUGGCCGCUCUAAGCGGGUCCACGUGGGAUCAAAGCGCAAUGAUAUUGCGAAUACCAUCGGGCAACACACUACUAAGUCGGCUACCCAAAGGAAAAGGGCCUGACCUGACUAGAUAGUUGUUGCGUACAAUGUAUUCAAUAUGUAGCUUGUUUCAAUGAAUAUCAUUUCUUGUCGUGCACAUAA